AUGGAGGCAGGCGCCGUUUCCAGCCGUGGGCGCACCGCGGCUGCGUCGCGGUGCCGGAGUCCAAGGUCUGGGCGCAAGUCCCGCAGUGCCAACGCCGAGCGAAGGGGGAAGUGCCGCGGGGUUGCGCUGCCGACACCGGAUGAAGCCAUCGCGGUGCCCAGCCCGGCCCUACGCAACGGCCACAUGAGGAUGACUCCGGUGCCAGCUUUCCUGGCUGUGCGCGGUGCCCUGUGCCCGAUCCUGACCAGUGCCACCAGACUGCAGCGGGGGGAGGGGGGCCACCCACCCUGGUGCCCGCUGAGCUCUGUCCCCGCAGACGUCGCCUACCUGCGCUCCGUCCUGCCCAGCACCACGGAAGACGCCUUCUUCGAUUACUUGGCCACCCUGGACGCCUCGGAGGUGACAGUCUCUGCCGUGCCGGAGGGCUCCGUCGUCUUCGCCAGGGUCCCGUUCCUGCAGGUGAAGGGGCCGCUGCUGGUGGUGCAGCUGCUGGAAACCACCUUGCUGUGCCUGGUCAGCUACGCCAGCCUGGUAGCCACAAACGCCACUCGCUUCCGACUGCUCGCUGGCCCGGAUGUGAAGCUGAUGGAGAUGGGGCUCCGUCGGGCUCAGGGGCCGGAUGGUGCCCUUUCAGCCUCCAAGUACUCCUACAUUGGGGGCUUUGACUGCACCAGUAACAUCCUGGCGGGGAAGCUCUACGGCAUCCCGGUGCGCGGCACCAUCGCCCACUCCUUCAUCAUGUCCUUCACCUCGCUGGACGAGGUGCAGCCCCGGCUGCUGCAGACCCCCCCUGAGAAGGCGAACCAGGGCGAGCUGGCCGCCUUCGUGUCCUACGCCAUCACCUUCCCACGGGACUUCCAGGGGCUGCUGGACACGUACUGCGUCAGGAGCUUCCAGGUGCCCUGGGUUUGGGACCUCCCCAUCGCCGUCAGCAACGACAUCAGCGAGCAGAGCCUGGAGGAGUUCAGCCGGGAGGGGGCCGAGAUCGAUACCAUCGGCGUUGGGACGAACCUGGUGACGUGUCCCCUGCAGCCGUCGCUGGGCUGUGUUUACAAGCUGGUGGAGGUUAAUGGCUCCCCCUGCCUGAAGCUCACGGAAGAGGAGGAGAAGGUGACGAUCCCAGGGACUAAGACGAUCUAUCGGCUCUACGACACUGCUGGUCACCCCUUCAUGGACCUCAUGGCCCUGGAGGAGGAGCCCUCGCCCAGCGCGGGGCAGGAGCUGGCGGUUCAUGUCCUGGGGCAGCUCGGCGAGGCCAGCAAGGUCAUGCCCACCACCGUGGAGCCCCUCAAUCGCAUGUACUUCAGAGAUGGCCAGGUCAGGGGUGCCCGAGGCAGCCUGCCGGAAGGGAGGAGCCACGCGCAGGCGUCCCUCAGCCUGCUCCACCCUGCUCACCGCCGGCUCCAUGAGCCACAACCCUACCCGGUGGCCAUGACGGAGAGGCUGCACCGCCUCCUCGCCGAGCUGCGGCAGGCCAGCCAGUGAGGGGGGCCCCGAUCACCCCCCGACCCGUGCCAGCCCACACCGGGCACAGCCCCUGCCUGGGGUGCCGGCUUUUCCUCCGCGCUCUUUUGAAGACCAGAGCGGAAGCACCAGAGAUCUGAGAGCCCAAUCCCCAGCGUACCUGAGUAGAGA